CCAAACUUCCCACUGUUUAGGAUAGAAAUUUCAACGAAAAGUGCUGCCAUUUUCUUUACAAUUUAUUUGUCUACCCAAUCAAGGGGCAAAAGCAAGAUAGCACUUGUGUUUUUCAGUACCUACAAUCAAAUAAUUCACUUCCAUCCCUACUUUUGCUCAACACUCUUUUCUCAAACCUUUCUCUGCUCUUUUCUCUUACAAGAUGGCAACCAAGCUUUUUCUUGAAGCCUUGUCCGCUAUAAAAGAAGUUUUUGUUUCCAAGCUCGUUGACUUUUCCCUUGAGAAGCUGGCCUCAUCCGAGCUCCUGCAAUUCGCUACUGAAAAAAGGUUCUUGAGGAGAUCCAGAACUUGGAGAAGGAACUGAAGCAGAUCCGUAGGGUGCUUGAUGAUGCUGAAGAGAGACAGAUGAAAGAGCAGCUGGUGAAAGACUGGUUGAUCGACCUCCAAAACUUGGCAUUCGAUGUGGAGGAUGUUCUGGACGAGUUUGCAACCCAAAUUGACAGGCGCAAUCUGAUGAUGGAACGUCGAGGCAGCUCAAGUAAGAGAUCCAGACUCAAUAUUCCUUCUUCAUUCAAUGAUGUUCUGUUUAACAGAGAUAUAAUGUCCAAGAUAAGGGAUCUUACGGCCAAAUUGAAAGAUUUGGAACCUCAGAGAAGCAAGUUAGACUUAAGAAUGACUGAUUGCGAAAGACCCACAAGACUAGAAGAAAGACUGCAGCCUACUUCUUUGGAGAUUGAAAAUCAUGUGUAUGACAGAGACAAAGACAAACAGACAAUUCUUGAUUUGAUCUUGCAGAGUGACGACGAAAGAAAUUAUGUGAUUCCCAUCGUUGGGAUGGGUGGGAUUGGUAAGACAACCCUUGCCCAGCUUGUUUACAAUAAUGCUUCCAUUCAACAUCAUUUUGACCUCAAAGCAUGGGCUUGCGUUUCUGAUGAUUUUGAUGUUUUGAGAAUAACAAAGGAAAUCUUGCAAUCAGUCACUUCCAAGCCAUGCAAUGAAAAUUAUUUGAAUAAAGUUCAAGAAAAGUUACAGAAGGAGUUGUCCGGGAAAAAAUUCUUAAUUGUUUUAGAUGAUGUCUGGAAUGAGAAUUAUCAUGACUGGACUAUCUUACAAUCUCCUUUCAAAACAAGGACCCAAGAAAGCAAAAUUAUUGUGACAACAAGAAACCACGGUGUUUCCUCAACAAUGGGUGCCUUGCAUGCUCAUUCCUUAGAGCUUUUGUCAACUGAUGAUUGUUUGUCUGUAUUUGCUCAACAUGCACUGGGAGCAAGGGACUUUGAAGGACAUCCAAGCCUAAAGGAAGUUGAUGAGAAGAUGGUGAGAAAAUGCAACGGUUUGCCUUUAGCUGCUAAAACCCUCGGUGGCUUAUUGCGCACUAAUGUAGACCUUCAUGCUUGGGAAGAUAUGUUAGAGAGCGAGAUAUGGAAGCUAUCUAAAGAUCAGUCAAGAAUAAUCCCAGCUCUACAGUUGUUCCUCUCUCAAAUGCGACAAAACAGUCUCUCCAACAAAAUGAUGCAAAACUGAUGAAGAACAAAAGAUAAUUGAUGUUAGUUUAGCAGGAAUUUGGCUGAUAUCCCAAUCACAGGACUCCUUGGGGAAAUGCAGACCUUUUCUCAAGCUAAAGAGUUGAGCUGAUUCAACUCCUAAUUUCCUAGGCUUUUGCUUGGAUGAACUUUACAUGGACGCUUUAUGACAGUGACUACAAGACUCGUGUUUGUUAGUUUUGCAUGAUCGGAUUAGUUACCAAUAGCUGUAGCUUGUGGAUCUUCGGCUUCAAAGUCUGUCUCUAUUGUUGGAAUUUCUCCAACUUUCUCCAUUAUGUUUUGGAAUAAUCACUUCUUGAUGAUAGCUAAGGUAAUGUAUUUAUUGUGAUCAUGUAGCCACACUUUUAUAUUAUAGUAAGUCCCGUAGUUUUUACCCUUUGAUUUAAA